UACUAUUAUCCUUUGGUCUUUAUAUUUUCCUCUGCAAGCUUUAGCUGUCUAAUUAUUCUUUAUUAGAUUAAUUUUUAUAUUAUUAAAUUUUAAAGUUGAGGGAUUGGCUAAGCUUGUGUUUGUACAGUAGUAUUAUACAGAAUAGUAUUUGUUUAUGUGGAAUCUUGAUCAGACGGUGGAUCUGAAGUCUUCAUAGCUCUAUUCAAAUUUUUGACUUUUUUGAAUUGUUGGGCUUUGCUAUAUGUUGAGUUAAGGUAUAUUCGGAUAGGAUUCUGGGUUUGGUCAAUUUUGUAUCAAUUUUUUUUAAUGUUAGGGAGGUUAUAUGUACUGUGUGGAUUUGUUUAGGGUUGUGGGGAUUUUUGGUUCUUGAUGAUGCUGGCGAUGAAACUGAGUUUUUUCGGGUGAUUUUGUUUUUCCAGAUCUCUUCGUUUAGGGAGAGCAGGUCGGACAAUAGGAGGUUUUAUAUUUUUACGGCGACUAAGACUCUUCACUUGAGAACACAUUCGAAGAAAGAGAGGGUGGCUUGGAUAAGAGCUUUGGUUUCAACUAGAUGUCUCUAUUCUUUAAGACCGUUGAAUGAUAAUCUCUCACUUGUACCGAGCAAUUUAUCUCUAUCGACUGCGAAACUUAAGAAUUGUUUGCUUGAGAAUGGCAUUAGCGAGGUACUUGUUAAGGACUGUGAGCAGAUUAUGAUCUCGGAAUUUUCAGAUAUAGAAGGUCAAGUUAAAGUUCUUUGUGAGGAGCGCUCCAAUUUGCUGGACACAUUAAGGCAGCUCGAGGCGGCUAAUUUUGAAGCUGAAACCUCAGGUGCUACUGAUGGUGAUUAUCAGUUGACAAAGUUUGAAUAUUCAAGUUCAAGUCUAGGGCGUGGAAAAUUUGCUGGAUACAGCACAACCGAAUCAUCUGAUGAUGCUGGGAAGCAAGAGCUUGAUGAAGUGUCAGAUGAAGAGGAAGCUCAAUUUUUUGACACUGAAGAGUGUUUUCCUGAAGCAACAACUAGUUCUGGGUCUAUAGGUGUAGAUUACAUGGCUAAGAGUAUCGAUUGUCAAAUCAAUAAUAUUGGCAGCGCGAGUAGCAAAAUGGAUAUCAAUGCCUCUGGAUAUCCACCGUUCAGGAGGCGGAAUAAGCUCCCGGAUCCUGUUGAAAAGGAGAAAGGUGUCAGUUUAUGGGCUAUGAUAAAAGACAUGGUAGGAAAGGAUCUUAGUAGAGUCUGUUUGCCUGUGUACUUCAACGAGCCGAUAUCAACUCUUCAGAAAUGCUUUGAGGAAUUAGAAUACUCUCAUCUUUUAGAUCAGGCAUAUGAGUAUGGGAAAGAGGGCAACAGUCUCCUGAGAAUUUUAAGUGUUGCUGCAUUUGCGGUUUCUGGAUAUGCAUCCACUGAUGGUCGACAUUGUAAACCUUUCAAUCCUAUGCUAGGGGAAACAUAUGAAGCUGACUAUCCUGAAAAAGGAGUGCGUUUUUUCUCAGAAAAGGUAAGUCACCAUCCAACCCUCAUUGCUUGCCAUUGCGAAGGUAAAGGGUGGAAAUUUUGGGGGGACAGCAAUCUGCGAUCAAAAUUUUGGGGAAGAUCAAUACAGCUCGAUCCCCUUGGAACUCUUACCUUGGAAUUUGACGACGGCGAGAUUUUCCAGUGGAGCAAGGUUACAACCACAAUUUAUAAUCUCAUACUUGGUAAACUAUACUGCGAUCACCAUGGAACAAUGCAAAUAUGUGGUAAUCGCCAAUAUUCAUGUACACUCAAGUUCAAAGAACAGUCUAUCCUAGAUCGCAAUCCACGACAGGUUCAUGGAUUUGUUGAAGAUGAUACAGGGGAAAAAGUUGCUACCCUAUACGGGAAGUGGGAUGAGCACAUGUAUUAUACACUUGGAGAUCGAGUCAGUAAGACAAAAGAUUUCUCUUCUGCAUCUUUGUUAUGGAAAAGGAGCGAGACGCCUCCUAAUCUCACUCGAUACAAUUUGACGCCAUUUGCCAUCACUCUCAAUGAGAUUGCACCAGGACUGAAGGAGAAGCUUCCACCUACGGAUUCAAGACUCAGGCCAGAUCAACGACAUCUGGAAAACGGGGAGUACGACAAAGCAAACGAAGAGAAACAAAGAUUGGAGACACGACAAAGGAUGUCCAGAAAGUUACAAGAAAAUGGUUGGAGGGCCAGAUGGUUCAAUAGAGAAAGUGAGGAUGGACCCUUCCGCUAUGCAGGUGGAUAUUGGGAAGCAAGAGAGAAAAGAAAAUGGGAUGACUGUGCUGAUAUAUUUGGCCAGUUCUGUGAAGAUCUUAGUUCAACUAAAGGGUCUUAAUUUUUGUGAGAACCAGGACACAGAAAAACAAAAUACCUAUGUCUGGUUGGUAGAGCAAACUUUUCACAUAUCGGAGCCCAAUUAUCCAUGAUUCCUAACUGUUUGCCUUAGAUCGACAUAACUUGGUCAACUGGAGAUCAAAAUUCUGUUCAAUCUCUUUAACAAGUUUCUGUUGCAAUGAUGUUUGUAUACUUUCUUCCUUCUUGAUUCCAUCACUGAUCAUAGUUCUUUGUACUACAUUAGCCAUUGCUAUUCAUUUAUGUAAUAAUAUAACUUGUAAUUUCUUGCAUUGCUAUUGACUGAAACACAGAUAAAUCUGGGGGCUUUGAAUUUCUUUUUGGCUGUGUCUGUGCUGUAGAACAUUGUUAACAUUAUACAUGGGUUGUGUUACACUGACUUGGAUGGAAAUAUCAAGCACAGAUACGUGUCUAAGUAUCGAGCUUUUACAAUAUUUUUAAGUUUUGCAUGUUUUUGGCCCUCAAAAGAGGCUAUUACAACAUUGCAAGGAAAGAUAUAUAGAGGAGAAUGAUUGUUUUUGGUCUGUUGAUGAACAACAUUUAUAUGUUUCUGACAGGAAUAACCUUUUCUUAUAUCUUUCAUUUCAAGUAGUUUAAUUAGUACUCCUCCAUUCCUCUCAUAUCUUUACCAUUUUUCUUAAUCGCUUGACACGCAUUUUAUAACUCCUAUAAAAUGUAGUUUCACUAACUUAAAUUUAAAAUCUUUAUUUUCGUCUAAAAAAUUUAAACAUUAUAUUUUUAUUCUGAUUUUUUAAAAAAAAAUAAUUUAUGAAACUAUAUUUUAUGUGAGUUUUAAGAUGCUUGUGGAAUCCAUCCAGUAAAGAACCGAGGGGACGGAGGGGAGGGAGUACUUGCAUUUAACAUAGAACAACAAUCACAAUGUACUUCACUCAUCAGUGAUUCAUUAAUUUUGAAAGACAGAAACAAAUCUUUCAAACACCGGAGUGAACUUGACUUGACUGGGGGCCAUAUAUUAAAGUUGGCAUGUACAAUUCAAAUAGACUUGAAUAUGGGUUGUAUCUUGAGUUAGCCUGUAUACCCAACAGAGCUAUGCUCAUUCAUACUCAAGAUACGUCUGGUAUAGAUUUGUGAGUUUAGGUCCUAUACUCAAAUUAUAAAUUUUCAACAAUUUAUUGAACAGCCCUAUUAGGUAUGACCUCUGGAGGUUCCAGCACAACCUUAGUCACUAGAUUAGUUCGAGUCUUAGAAAGAAUUUUGAUGUCGUCUUUUUACAGCGGGUCCCCCCUAUCGCCUAUCGGGCAUGGCCAACAUCCGUAGUUCUUUGCUGGCGUCUCGAAUAUAACACGAAUAGUAGUAAUGGUGAGAGAUUAUGUAAAAGUAUUUCUCAUAGCGCGAGUCUGAGAGAUCUUGUUGUGUCGAUAUAAUAUUUCCUAAUUAAUUGAAGUCACUAAUACUGCAUGCUUAAUUAUUAAUUUAUUAUUUUAAGUCCUACAAGAAGGAUAUUUUUGCAUAUAUCCUCGUGUAAUUACACCUCAUCUUUCCGUUCCAUUGGUGGAUGAGAUCUAAUACAUUUUACCAUAUUAUUUGUACAAUAUUGCUCACAAACUGUAAAUAGGCCAAAAAAAGCUUGUCUUUAAUGGUGAGCAGCUUCUUCCUCUUCCAAUUCGAUUCCCUCCUCAGCAAGCCUCUUGUCCUUGUACACAUACCACUUAGCACCAAACAAAAAUAGCACCAGGUUCAAAAUACUUAGAAUUGUCAGCAGCCAGUAGAAGUUAUAGAGCUUUCCUUCGUUAAGGUUAUCCGCUAACCAUGGCUUAUGAUCUCCUGUAAUCUUGUGAAUGAUAGUGACUAAUAUGGAGCUGAAGAAACACCCUAGUGAAAGUGUGCUUAUGAAUAGACCUGUGCUCAUUGUCUUCAUCCCUUUAGGACACUCCUUGAGGAAAAAUUCAAGCUGCCCGAUAUAAGUUAACGCCUCUCCAGCGCCCACUAAGAAAAACUGCGGGACUAACCAAAAAACACUUAUGGGUAACACAGCAUUAUGAUUAUGAACCAGUUUAUGUUCUCGUGCAACGUCUAAUCUUUUGAUUUCUGUCAAUGCAGCAGCAGCCAUGGCAAAUAUUGACAAAACAAGGCCGAUCCCGAUACUCUGCAACGGGCUCAAACCUUGUGGAUGUUUCAGCGUUUUUUUGGCAAUCGGAAUGACAACUUUGUCGUAAAAAGGGACAGUCAAGAGGAUGCUGCCAACGAAGAAAACUGUCAUCGAUGCUGACGGAAUCUGGAAAGACUUACCCAUGUGACGGUCCAUGGUGGUGGCUUGCGAAACCGAAAAUGUGGUCACCUGGGCAUAAACUGUCCAGAACAUUAUUGUGGUAGCCCAAAUCGGUAACAUUCUGAUCACCAUUUUUACUUCUUCAACAUCGGUUAAAGUCGAGAGAGACCAUUUAUCAUGUAUCAUUUUUGCAUUCAUUUUAUUGUUGGUGUC